AUGAGAAUAUGUUAUUGAGAAUACUAUUCACAGGUUUUUUUUUUCCUUGAGUGAUUUACGUUGUCUGUCUACAGAGACCCAUUGUUGAGUUCUCUCUUGAAAAUGAAAGAAAUGCGACAACAACAAGUCAAGGAGCGUUUUAAGAGGCGUGGCCCUAUGGCAAGAGGGAAGAUGCAGCCGCAGUCAGGAGGCAGGCUUGGACCUCAGAAGGGUGUGUCUAAACCCCAUAGUAACAUGGUAACAAAGGAGGGGUCAGCGAAGACACAGUCGGCACCAUCCGGUCAGGGCAGAAAGGAUGGAGUACCUCCCCCCCAGCCACAGGCCAAGGCUCAGACUCAGCAACAGAAGCAGGGCAGGCAGUACUCAGGCUUCCAGACCACCUCAGUUCUAGAACACGUAGAACUGGAGGAUGGAAAGAAACGAAGGAAGGUUCUAUCCCAGCCCUCUCACCAUGGCCCAAAGAUAAGGGCGCGUGAUAAGGGAAAGCCUGCUCAGCCUAAGAAGCCCAGGAUCGGUUCCAGCAGGAGAGAGAGACCGGGAGCAACGUCACUGGAGAAACCUACACAGAGGACUAAAGGGGCCAAGAGGCGGUUUAGGAGCCGAGAGGAUGACCGCUUUGACAAUCUGGUUGAACAAUACAAGAGGAAACUGAUGGGCGGCAACAAGACUGCAACCAUCAAGAAGAACAAGUGGUUCAACAGUUAAGUGUGUUAGAUGCCAUUUUUUGGCAUAACUAAAGAAACCUUUCCUUAUGUUGGUUUCGACAUCAUUUACAUUUUGAAACAAAGAUAUAUGAUGGUUGAAAUGUUGGUGUAACAUUCACCCAUGAACUGUGUAGAAUAGAGUCCAGCAUAUUACUGUCCGUGUAUGUCUGUGUCCUCAUGUUAUCCACAACUUGUGGUGUGCCAUCACAGUGGUAAAAGGUGGGGUGUCCGAGCAGUCACUUCCUGAAUUAACUCUGACGUUAACUCUGUUCAGAACAGAUGCUGAUGUUUUACUCUACUUUGCUUGAUGUUCAUGUUAACUAUUGGUGAAUAAUAAUGUAAAGAAAAUCAGAUAUUUGAGAAAUGUAAAUGACUGACAUUUUUAUUAAAGAACUUGCAAAGACGGA